AUGACAGAUAUAACUUUUGAAAUUACUAAUAAAAAUUUUGUUGAAUGGUUUUGUUCUAAUGGUGGAAUUCUAUCUUCAAAGAUUGCAUUCAAAGAUUAUUCUUUCGAGAACGCUGGUCGAGGAAUUGUAGCACUUGAAGAUAUCGAGGAAUUUAAUAAUCUAUAUAAAAUUAAUCAAUGGUUUCCAUUAAUAAUUUGUUUGAUGUAUGAAAGUCAAAGCAAAGAUUCUUUAUGGAAACCUUAUUUUGAUAUACUACCAACAGAAUUUAACACACCCAUGUUUUGGAAUGAAGAUGAACUUGAAGAGUUAAUAGGAACUGAAAAAAUUGGAAGAGAUGACACAGAGAACUCUUUUAACGAAUAUUUACUUCCAUUUAUUCAAGCUCGUUUAUUUCGUGAAAAAGGAUUAUCGCAAAUGAUUGCAACAAAGAAAAUAAACAAGGGUGAACAAAUAUAUAACACUUAUGGAGAUUUGUGUUCUUCAGAUCUCUUACGUAAAUAUGGAUUUGUUGAUGAAAAUAAUAUACAUGACAUAGUAGAAAUAAAUGGUCAAUUUGUAGUUGACAAUUUGUCUGUAGAAGAAACUAAUAAGAAAGAAAAGGUGGAGUUAUUACUUGAGGAAGAUAUUUUAGAUGAUGUAUUUAUUUUAGAUACUAGCAAUAAUCUUCCUCCAGAUUUAAUUAUAACCGUAAAAGUAAUGAUGAUGAAUAAAGUCCAAUUUAAGGUUUUAAAGGAGAUGGGAAAAUUUCCAAAGCCUAAGAUGAUACCCGAGUUAAAAAAUCCACUUAUAGAACUUUUGAAAAAAAGAUUAUUUGAAUAUAGGACAUCAAUCAAUUCGGAUGAAGAAAUUCUGAUGAAUAAAAAUAAUAUUUCAAAAAAAUUAAAAAAUGCAAUAAUGGUAAGAUUAAGUGAAAAGAAAAUACUUCAAAAUGUCAUUGAUUUCCUUGUAUCUUGGGAACCUGAAAAUGUGAUUGAUAAAAAGAGGAGCAAUAAAAGAAUAAAAGUCGAAUAA